GUGAAUAAAUUGCUUGUCUUCAAAGUCACGGAGAAGGUCCAAAGGGAAAGACACGCUGGUGAUUUUUUUUUUCAAUUCACUCUUUUUCUCCUUUUUUCUGCGUCUCCCUGUGAAACGGAAACUGAAAGAAUAUAACUUCCUACCCGACAAUCAGAGCUGAAAAACACCCUCCCCCUAAUCUGUAACAUGGUAUAAAGCCAUCACCCUGCGAUAAAAAAAAAAACUCGGUUCGCGUCUCAGACUACGAUAAUGCAUUGAGUGUUUGUGCUCAGAAGGAUUAAAUGGAUGUACUUGAUUUAGUCCAACUUUAUUUUUUAAUCUAUCUGGCAAAAAAAGCAACAUUCAGGGUGAGGCUUGUGAAGAGGCAUGUCUGCUGUGUGGCUCCAUGUGGGUCAGUGUGGAAACCAGUUGGGCCUGGAGUGGUGGAGAUGGGUUUCUGAGAGGCCCAGCAAGGACAGGUACCCGUUCUGCAGCAGUGAUGGAUCGCUGGCCGCGGUGUGUGUGGACAGUGAACCCAAGGUCCUGCGCAGGACCCAGAAGCUGGUGAAAAGCGGGAGCCUCAGGGAAUCGAACAUCAUUGCGGGACAAGGUGGCCGGGGCAGUAAUUGGGCAUAUGGGUACCAUGGUGCCCCGGCUGAGGGGGAGAGCAGCCUGCUCUCGCGGGCGAUGGAGAGUGUGCGCAGAGAGGUGGAGAGGAAGGAUUGCUACUGUGGCACAGUGCUCUUCCACAGCCUGAGCGGAGGCACAGGCGCAGGGCUGGGUGCCCGCCUGUGUGAGGAGAUCCGUGAGCAGUACCCUGCAGGCCACAUCCUGUCGGUGUCUGUGGUGCCCCAUCACCAUGGGGAGAGCCCCCUGCAGCAUUACAACAGCCUACUGAGCCUUGCUGCUCUGCAGAGGUCUGCAGAUGGCGUGCUCCUGUUCCACAAUGAUGAGGCCCUGAGUCAAGCCUUGACCCUGCAGGGUAGAGGUCUUGCCAGAGCCCAUGGCCUACCACCCCAGGCCUCCCUUGCGGCCAUGAACUCCUGCAUGGCUUCCUGCCUGGCAGGCCUGCUGCUGCCAGUGUGCAGUCUUACCACCACAAGUGGGCUCAGUCUGGGGCUGGAGCCCUGGGAGUUGCUGAGGUCUGUCUGCCCUCUCCCGGCAGCCAAGUUUCUGCACACCGGCCAGGCCUGCUCCAGAGGGAAUACUUCGUGGGACAGCUUGGCAUCUUCUAGUCUCCAGUCUCUGCCUCGCCACUCUCCCUCGGGGAAGCCUCACUACAGCAGAGCUGUCCUUGCAGUAGCUCGGGGUGACCAGGACGGCUCGUUCCUGUCAACAGCACCAGCGGUUUCACAAAAACUGAGACUUGGCCACCGCUGUGUCUCUUGGAACCCUUUCCCUCUUGACUUUUGGACAGACCCCCGGGAUGAGCCGAGCCCUAGCCUCUCCUCGCGCUCGCUCACCGUCUGCUCCAACCACAGCAGCGUGGAGGAUCUCCUGCAGCGCGUGGGCCAGCGUGCCCAGGACAUGCUACGUGCCCGCGCCUACCUGCACUGGUACCAGCGGUACGGCUGCGAGCCGCACGACUUCCUGCAGGCGCUGGACACCCUGAGCGCCGUCACGCGGGAGUACAGCGCUGGAGGGGAGCAAGGCGGGGAAGCGGACGCAGAGUGGCGGGGCUAGGUUGUGAACGGGAUGAAAAUGACUCUUUUUCCAUGACUUUACAGACCGAUUUAAACAAGCUCGUCGUUUUUUUUUCUCCUUCUCUGAAUCGGAGUGUGCUGUGAAAUCUUCGCUUCUAGGGCGAGAUUUUGUACAAAGUAACCCAGUGCCUAAAAGAAAAAAUACUUUUCCAAGCGCAUUUUUUUUUUCCAGGAUGAGUUCUCUCCUGCUGUAUCUUCGUCUUUUUCGAGCUCCCUCUUCUCUUCCCCUAAGUGACUCCUUUCUGUCCGGUUGCCCUCCUCGUGUUCUCCGCUUCUUUCUCUCGAUCCAUUUGUAUAAUGCAAGAUGUAUGGUUAGGGAACGUUCUUCAUUAAAAGCCUGAAUCAAACAAC